UUCAUAAUACCUGCUGCGUUUGACAGAUAUGUGCCUUUCUUCAUCAUAUUUUAACUUUCAACAACAUAUUCAUCAAUGAUAAAAUCUAAUUUAAAUUGAACACAAAAGAACCAGUGUUUUUUUGGAUUCAAUUAAAAUGGAGGUGAAACCGAAAAUGGAACAUUUAUUAACACUAAAAGUAAUGAGAUUGACACGUCCAACACUGGCUAGUCCAAUAGUGGUGACAUGCGACUCUACGGACUUACCAGGUAAUACCUUGAACAACGAAUUGAAAAAUGAUUGUACAGCACUUCAAGGAAUGGAAAGUCUUGCUGUGGGACAAUUCAUGGUAUUGCCUCAAAGUUUUGGGAAUAUCCAUCUGGGUGAAAUAUUUUCUAGUUAUUUAUGCGUCCACAAUGGCAGUAAUCAAAUGGUUAAGAACGUUCGCAUAAAGGCAGAUUUGCAAACAAGCACUCAAUUGAUUCCCUUGUCUCAUAAAAAUUCUGAAGUGAGUGAACUUGGACCCGACAGCACAGCGGAUGAUGUGAUUCAUCAUGAAGUCAAAGAAAUAGGGACACACAUAUUGGUCUGCGAAGUGAGUUACACUCCAACAAGUGUUGGCGGUACAACACAGUCUUUCCGAAAAUUUUUCAAAUUUGAGGUCAUCAAACCACUUGAUGUUAAAACAAAAUUCUGUAAUGCAGAAUCUGACGAAGUUUAUUUGGAAGCCCAAAUACAAAACUUGACAUCUGGGCCUAUUUGUUUGGAAAAAGUUGCUCUGGAAUCGUCUCACUUAUUUACAGUAUCGACAUUGAGCACAAACAAUAAUGGAGAGUCCAUUUAUGGCAGUGUUAAUGUAUUGAAUCCUGGUUGCAGUCGACAGUAUCUUUAUUGUUUGAAGCCACAGCUGAGUUUGAUGAAAGAUCCAAAAAUGAUGCACAAUGCUACGAAUAUUGGCAAACUGGAUAUAGUUUGGCGUAGUAACAUUGGAGAAAGAGGACGUUUACAAACCAGUCAAUUACAGAGAUUGGCUCCGGACUAUGGCGAUUUAAGGGUAACUGCAAAAGAUCUUCCGACUAAAGAAUUUCUUGAGAAUCUCAUUGAAUUCAAGUGUCACAUUAUCAAUACAUCUGAACGCAAUAUGGAUCUUUUUUUGAGCUUAGAAUCGAAUUGUUCUGUUGCUUGGUGCGGAAUAUCGGAUACCAUCAUAGGAACUUUGAAGCCUGGAGCUUCAAUCGACGUCCCUUUGUAUAUAAUUCCAUUGGAAACAGGUCUUGUUACUAUAUCUGGACUCAAAUUACUAGACACGUUUUUAAAACGUGUUUAUGACUAUGACGAUUUAGGACAAAUAUUCGUUUUUCAAUCAGAAUAAAAUUAAAUGAAAUCCCCGUUGAUCUGUGAAAAUAAGUAAGCAAUGAAACGGGGGGAAAAACGCUUUUGGCAAUUGUACUCUUGUUUCUGUAACAUAAAGAUGUAAAUAUUCAUAACAUAAGAGAAGAUAUUCGAAGGAGACUAAAAUUAAAAGCGUUAUUUCAAUA